AUAUGAAUGGCAACAUGUAUUGUUCGACGUCUCCCCAAAGCGGCGAGUAACUUUGUGGUUUCUAACUCAAGGCAAGUCUUCUAAUAGUUAUAUUUGAUCGGUCUGAACUUAAACUUAACCGACAAACUCACAAUUUAUCAGCAACAGCGCGUGAAGAAGAUUCAGGAAAAGGCAGAUUUGCAAAUCGUUGGUGUGAAACCGGGUCUGGGCUGGAGAUGGGGGAUCAGGAGCCACCACAGUUUGGGUCUCUGGAGGAAGAGCUGGAGUACUGGAAGGAUGAGGCUGCCAGGCACCAACAGAUUGCUGAGGAAGCUCAAGAAGAGCUGCAGGAGUUCCAGCAGAUGAGUCGGGACUAUGAGGUUGAGCUGGAGACGGAGCUGAAACAGUGUGAGGCACGAAAUCGUGAGCUGCUUGCUGCCAAUAACCGUCUUCGUAUGGAGCUGGAAAACUACAAGGACAAGUACGAGACACAGCACUCUGAGGCCUGCCGGCAAAUCUCCAGCUUAGAGGGAGACCUGGCUGAAACCACAGCCAUCAGAGACCAGCUUCACAAGUACAUCAGGGAGCUGGAGCAGGCCAACGAUGACCUGGAGAGGGCCAAGAGAGCAACCAUCAUGUCGCUGGAGGACUUUGAGCAGAGAAUGAACCAGGUCAUAGAGAGGAACGCUUUCCUUGAAAGCGAGCUGGAUGAAAAGGAGAAUCUCUUGGAGUCCGUUCAGAGGCUGAAGGACGAAGCCAGAGACCUGAGGCAAGAGCUUGCUGUGCAGCAGAAACAGCAGGUACAAGACAGGAAGCCUUCCCUUAGCAGUGCAGCCAAAGAGCCUUCAUCAUCAUCCUCCUCGGCUGCGUUGCCCACACCGCCUCUCACCCCUCCAGACAAAAGAACAGAGGACAAGACCACAUCUUCAUCUCCUGCCACACCGUCAAGACCUCCAGCCUCAUCAGAGGUCUUCACCACCCCAUCUCCCUCCGUCAGCAGAGGUGAAAGCCUUUCAGCGACUCCUCUCACCACGUCGGCGAGGAUCUCUGCUUUAAACAUCGUGGGAGAGCUGCUGAGGAAAGUCGGGAGCCUGGAGUCCAAGCUAGCGUCCUGUCGGGAGUAUGUCCACGAGCAGACGGUUGGUCGCCGAGGUGGACAGGGGGCGGCCCCGGGCCAGAACAGCUCCUCAGAGAACCAUCCUUCGAAUGGUCUCUGCAACAAGGGUCUGGUCAAGAGGUUAGACUUUGGUGCAGGAUCCAAGCUGCUGUUGUGAAACUAAAACUAUCCCGAACCCUCUUCUGAGCUGCUCAGCCCUUCCUCUCCGUCCAGCCUGGAUGUCUCAAAUGUAACGGUACCAUGUGCCACACCUCAUACAGGUAUCCCUGCCUCUUCAGGACACAGGACACGACGGACACACUAAUAUGAAGCUGCAGAGAUGAAAUGUAUGGGUGCGUUGCCAUGGAUACUUGGGAUGUUUAAGUUUUUGUUUAUUAACUGGACUUCUUUUCAGCACUUGCACUUGGCUUUAAUGAACUUACUGGACUCAGGCUGCAUCAACACCUCCUCUCCUGAUUGCAUGUUAGCACUUUUUGUCUCUGUCCUUCAAACGGUGUGUUCAUACCAAACGCAAAGCAAGUCUAUGAAAACAGAUGCAGGGAGCUAACGCUAAAAUGAAUCUCAUCCUGAUGAAUGUUUUUAGAAAGCUCGAGCACCAGAAUGCAGGUUGUGUUUUGCAAAGUCUGAUCAUUUUUAAGUCUAGAUUUUAUACACAUUUAUUUUACUUUUAGCCACGUUAACUUCCUCGGAUGAUGGAUCACAGAACUGAUCCAGCUGAAUGCAGGUUGUGUUUUGCUAUAAACAAACACACUUGAAUGAGUCAAACUUAUGAUCUGCCAGCUGCAACAGACCAAAAAUUCCACUUUCUGGGAUGAUUUGGGUCUGGAAUGCUGAGUGGAUGCAGUUCCACAUUGUUCUUCAGAUUCCCAUUUGACCCGACACAUGACUAAGUGUAAAUUGGGUCAGUGUGUCUGGGAGAAACUUAAAGAAAGAUUUGUUUUGAUGUUGGAAUUAGCUGUAGGAUACAUGAAAUUAUGUCUUGUAUUUAGGCUACUUAAACUGAGGAUGUCCUAAAAGCAACAUUUAAGGACUUUAUAUGAGUGAAAGUCAGUGCCCUAAAAAGAAAAGUUUAAAAUGACACAAAUGCUUUCUCUGAACACCCUUUGCUCCCAGGCACACUGGAACAAAUUUCAU